GCGCGGCGGGACAAGAUGGCGGCGGCCCACCGAUGGCUGGGCCUGGUCUUGGCCCUGUGUGCCUUGGCGGCCGCUGCCUCCGCAGCCGAAGAGCCGAAGGAAAAGCCCACUGAGCAGGCGAAGAAGGAGAAGAAGAAGAAAAAGGACAUUCGGGACUACAACGACGCCGACAUGGCGCGGCUGCUGGAGCAGUGGGAGAAAGAUGAUGAUAUAGAAGAAGGAGAUCUUCCUGAGCACAAGCGUCCAUCUGCACCAAUAGACUUCUCCCAACUUGACCCGGGCAAGCCUGAGAGUAUCUUGAAGAUGACCAAGAAAGGGAAGACUCUUAUGAUGUUUGUCACUGUGUCAGGAGAACCUACAGAAAAAGAGACAGAGCAAAUUACUAAUCUGUGGCAGGGAAGUCUUUUCAAUGCCAACUAUGACGUACAAAGGUUUAUCGUCGGUUCAAAUCGUGCCAUCUUUAUGCUGCGGGACGGAGGCUAUGCGUGGGAGAUCAAAGACUUUCUGAUAAAACAGGAGAGGUGUGCGGACGUAACUCUGGAAGGUCAGGUGUACCCUGGUAAAGGAGCCAAGGAAAGUGAAAAAGGGGAAAAUGAGACCAAGCCCGAAAAAUCCAAAAAGAAGAAAGAUACUGAAAAGAAAUAUGGACCCCUCAAAGACGACAACCGUGCAACCAAGCCAAAAGAAGAGCUCUGAUAAGUUAAUUUGACUGUAGAGGAGGAUGGUUUGGAAGUUUAGGAAGGAGAAAAUAGGGUGGCCUUUCUGGGUUUCAAUUCAAGGGACCAGUUUACUUAUUAAUGAGAGGCAUUUGUUCAGUAACAGCAACGUUAAUACUUAACAUCAGUGGAUUGCUUCUUUUAGAUCUGGAGUUGGUAUAUUGUGCCUUGUCUACUUUCAAGCAGUUGGUUUUUCCCCCCAAACAGUUGUCUGUUUAAAGUUUAAAACAAGCACCUGUAUGUUUACCUUUAGUAUUAAGGACAUUCCUCAAAGUAUGAGAGGGGAAGAGGUGUUGCAGUUGGAUUUGUGCUGUCAGCUAUUUUGGAGGAGUCAACAAGGUGAAUGUUUCAUUGGUGAUAAGAAACAAGACUUUACUUUCUAGGAGUUUCUACCUUUGCAAUAUUUCCAUUAAUGAAAAUAAAUGAUACCCAUUAUUGAAA